AUGGGGCAAGCAACCGCUCACGGACGUCUUCGUGCAGUGCUCGAAGAUGCAGCCAGUAGCGAUCCGCGGUAUAUCGCCCACAGAUCGAUCAUUCUUUUCACUUUUAUGCGCGACACCCUACCCUCAGAUGGCAUAGCUGCUCGCAUCUCUGUUGAUGAUGGGACUGAUGAGGACACGUACGUCUACCAGAACCGGGACAAACGCUCAGUAGGAGAAAACGGUACCUUUGCUGGCAGGCCCGUCACGGCUGCAGAGCUAAGGGCCCGCAUCAAGGCGGGCAAAGGGUAUGAACAUCGGGUGCACAUCAAGCUGACUGAGACUCUGCACUAUGUUCCCCAGUCAGACCUGUUGGGUGAAACGAUUCCUAUGCUUCACAGUAACGCGACGCUUCCUAGGACCCUACCAGAGAAUGUCGUUCCUCAGCCACGGAGCAUGCCAGAGCAUAACAUUACACCGCUGCUCAAAAGAUCGACAGCCAAAGACCUUGAAGCCGCACAGAAUAUCGUGAAGAAAGCGCUUGCCGACUCGUCAAGACUGAACAAGGCCCGAGUGGCUCGGCCCCUCCGCAAUAAAUACAGCUUGAAGCCCGGGAGUAUUGUCGGCGGAGGUGGCGUUGCAGGUAAGCAAAACAUGGCAUCUAGAGGUAUUGACCAGGAUGUACCGCCGCUUCUGGAUAUCACAGAUGAAAUCGCGGCAGCUGCAGCCCUUGUAGCCGAGGCCGACUCGAUGGGCGGAUGGAAGAAUGUCACGAAGCGUGCGGCUACGGCAAGCGCGGGGACGUAUUGGAUGCAAAGUCUUGCUCGCAAAGGCACUGUGCCUUGGGGAGAUGAACCCAACUAUGCUAUCUUCAGAAAUGUACUCGAUUAUGGAGCGGUGGGAGAUGGUAUUACGGAUGACACAAAAGCUAUCAACAUGGCCAUGGGGACAAACAGCACCCGAUGUGGCAAAGGAUGCAAUGGGUCUACGACUAAGAACGCCAUUGUGUAUUUCCCCCCGGGGACUUACCUAGUAUCCUCGACUAUAGCCCUGCCCUUCGGAACACAGGUCAUUGGAGAUGCUAACAACCGGCCGACCAUCGUCGCUGCUCCAAGAUUUGUUGGUCUAGGUGUCUUAUCCACGGAUGAGUAUACCGGCGACGGAGGCCAGGGUGUUGAUGGCGGGGACCCUGAGUACUACGUCAACACCGCCAAUUUCUACCGUCAAAUUCGAAACAUCGUCAUAGACAUCCGAAAGGUCACUUCAGGAACCACGGUCACCUGUCUCCAAUACCAAGUCGCUCAAGCCACAAGCCUUCAAAACGUCGAGUUGAUAGCAGCAGCUGGCUCGUCCCAGAUAGGUUUGUUCGCAGAGAAUGGCUCCGGUGGAGGCAUUUCCGACGUCACAUUUACCGGGGGUGGAAUCGGGCUCAAAGGUGGCGAGCAGCAGUUCACUGCGCAACGCCUCAAGUUCAACGGAUGCACAGUGGGAAUCCAGGUUAUCUGGGACUGGGGAUGGGUAUGGAAGUCCAUCACCAUGAACAAUGUGAAGACGGGAUUUCAGCUCGUCGGUGAUGGUGGCGUUGGCAACAUCGGCUCCGUCUCAAUCAUGGACUCUUCCUUUACCAACGUCGGCACUGUCGUCAUUGUCAAUCCUAUAACAGCAACUCCUGGAAAUGGCAGCACCGGGAUUUCCCUUGAUAACAUUGUCAUGUCAGGCGUCUCGGUUGCUGUAGCCGAUACCACUGGCGCCACCCUUCUGGCUUCGUCGCCUGUAAUAGACCAGUGGGUCGUUGGACCUGUCUAUGAAGGAUCGACGACGGCUCGUACUUUCUCUAUGGGUGGGAAGAUCGGAAACUAUCGAAGGCAUUCGACACUUCUGGACCCCCAAGGAAACUACUUUGAACGCCCCAGGCCUCAGUACGAAGAUCAAGCUACUUCCAUGUUUGUGCAUACAAAGGAUUUCGGGUGUAAAGGAGACGGGUCGACCGACGACACAAAAGCGUUCCAGGCGGCGCUAUACGCAAGUUUGGGCAAGAUUCUCUUCGUCGACGCCGGAUCAUACAUUCUCACCUCGACCGUCACUAUCCCCUCUGGGGCCAAGAUUGUGGGCGAAGCAUGGUCCCAGUNCUCGACCGUCACUAUCCCCUCUGGUGCCAAGAUUGUGGGUGAAGCAUGGCUUUACGGCACUGCGUCCGAGCACGCCGUGUUCUACCAGUACAACUUCCACAAGGCAGCAAACAUAUACGCUGGUAUGUUGCAAACCGAAUCGCCCUACUUCCAACCGACUCCGCCACCACCAGCUCCUUUUGCUGCCGUUGUUGGCCUUUUGCCGGGGGACCCCAAUUAUACAUGUGCUGGUGGAAAUGAAUUCAGUGGCUGUGACCAAUCCUGGUCUGUGGUUAUAAGAAGUUCGGCAAACAUAUUUGUCGCUGGUGCAGGCAUCUACACUUGGUUCUCAACAUAUGCGCAGACCUGCAUCGAUACGCAGUUAUGUCAAAGGCGCUGA